UUUUAUAGGGGAAGAUGACUUUCAAACACUCAUGUUUAUAUAGAGAAUGGGUUUUAAAACCUUAAGUCAUUCAGGAUUUGUUUUUAUGGAUUCCCAGGAUAACUAAAAAAGAUGGAGGGCUCUCUCUUACCAUAGUUUCCUUUUUAACAAAUUAUUGUGUCUGUUAUUUAUUUAUUUAAUUUUAAAACAAAUUCCAAAUUGAAGUGGCUGAGGUAAAUGAGAUGUGGUUUUGUGUUUAUUAGAAAAUUUGUAAAUGGGAAGUGACUGGUGUCACCACUUCUAAACAAACAACCCAGAAAAUUUUAUUUCAGCUUGUGGAUAGCUGUUCUAUAUCUGUUGUAUGUUAGACAUACUAUGAACUACCUCUUCACUUAUGGGGACGUUUCCUUAAUAAAAGUGUGACAAUUAAAACUGAUUGACGUCAGUUUAUUUUCUUCCUCUCUUGUCCUGCUUUCUUUGUCAAUUGUGUGAAUUUGAAUCCAGAAUGCUUUUAUUCUUUAAAAUAUGUAUUCGUCAAGAAUGAAGCUGGGGAUGUAGUGGUACAGUGUUUAAUAGGAGGGAGGCCCUGGGUUCCACUCAGCACGGGGGAGGGAUGGACAGGCUGGGGUGGAUGGAGUGGUAAACCUUAGUGCAAAGGCUGAGUAAGAUCCAGAUCGGGUGCCAGCUACGCGAUCCCCAACACAGAGACCUUGUAACCAGUUUCUCUUUUCCUCAGCCACUUUACACGUUGUAGAUAGCUCCAAUAAAUUGAAGGCGCGACCCAUAAAAGUCCGUCCGGGCCCUCUAACACACGUGCCUUAACCCAACUUCACACCCAGUCUCCAAUUCGGAUGUUUGGGAGGACUCACGAACGGGAACGGCUAGCUCUUCAAAACUGGGACAGAAGAGAUGGAGCUAGGAGGUAUGCGUGCGUAUUUUGUCAUUCCAGGAAUGAAGAUGAAAACGCGCCUCGGAAUGUCCUUCCGGGUCACCCAGCCGUCUCUCCCCUCCCCCUCCCAAAUAAGUAAUAAAGCUGGUUGAGCCGGAUGUGCUUCCUCCCAGGCUAAAUCCACCUUCCGGCCUGGGCCGCCGCUGCCGCGAAAACCUCAACCGGUUUUCUGAAUUGGUAAGUGAGCGCGGAGAAGAUUCGCCUGGCGGCGAGGCUUGGGGAAAGAGAGAAACGGAGGGAGGACAGCGGUGCGUGAUCCCCUCGGCCCUGGGAGGCUAAGCAAGGGAAGGACCGAGUGCAGCUCGGGAUGGAGCCUCCAGGCCACGGGGGAUCCAGCUUUAGUUCAGCACUUGUUUCUGUGCUCCUCCGGCUGCGUGUAGGCCCCCGUGCUCACUGAAGGAAUAUGGGUGAAUCUGAUGCUUUGGGAGUUGCUGAUUAUAUGUGGGAGGAGGAAUCACUGUAGUUUUGCUUGACUUGGGUUUAAAGGCUCCAAAUCACCAGCGGGAAAAAAGGAACUGGAAACGCGAAGAUGAUGUGCAAAGUAUAUUCGGGUGUUUCUGUUUUGACAAUGAUGAAAAGCUAAGGCGCUUGGAAUAUGAAAAUACAAUGGCGAGAGAUAGCUUUAAAGAAAACUUUAAUGAUGUUAAUUCUGGUGGAACUCAGAAGGUAGUUCGGAAUAUAGGAGAGUGUUAUGUGGAGGAGACCUGUUGGAAGACAUCACAGUGGUCCAGGUGAACAGGACUGAGGAUCUGUAAGAGUGAUUAUGACCAUGGCUGCUGAGUCUGAUGUUCUGCACUUCCAGUUUGAACAACAAGGAGAUGUGGUCUUGCAGAAAAUGAAUCUCUUGAGACAGCAGAAUUUAUUUUGUGAUGUAUCAAUUUAUAUUAAUGACACUGAAUUCCAGGGGCACAAGGUGAUUUUAGCUGCUUGCUCUACUUUCAUGAGAGAUCAGUUUUUACUCACACAGUCAAAACAUGUCAGAAUCACUAUUUUGCAGAGUGCAGAAGUUGGCAGGAAAUUGUUGCUCUCUUGCUAUACUGGAGCACUUGAAGUUAAAAGGAAAGAGCUUUUGAAAUAUUUGACUGCUGCUAGUUAUCUUCAGAUGGUUCACAUUGUUGAAAAGUGCACAGAAGCUUUGUCAAAAUAUCUGGAAAUUGAUCUUUCUAUGAAAAAUAACAAUCAACACACUGACCUGUGUCAAUCUUCUGAUCCCGAUGUUAAGAAUGAAGAAGAAAAUUCUGAUAAAGACUGUGAAAUAAUUGAAAUUUCAGAAGACAGUCCUGUGAACAUUGAUUUCCAUGUUAAAGAAGAGGAAAACAAUGCAUUACAGUCAACAGCAGAGAGCAUGACAUCGGAGAGAAAGGAAUUGAAGUCACCAGAGCUCUCUACAGAAGAUACAGGUUUUAAAGAGAAUGACAUUUGUAUCCUCCAUGUUGAAUCUAUCAGUACAGCUGGUGUAGAAAAUGGGCAGUUUUCACCACCUUGUACCUCAUCAAAAGCAGGCAUGUAUUUCUCUGAAACGCAGCAUUCACUGAUCAAUUCUACAGUUGAGAGCAGAGUGGCAGAAGUUUCUGGGAUUGAAGGUCAGGGUUUAUUUUGUGAGAAUACUGAUGGAAGUCAUGGUACAGUGAAUGAGAUUCAGAAUCUGGAUGAGAGUUACUCACUGAGGCACCAGUGUCCCAGGUGUCCUCGGGGCUUUCUUCAUGUUGAAAACUAUCUGCGCCACCUUAAGAUGCAUAAGCUGUUCUUAUGUUUACAGUGUGGGAAAACAUUUACACAAAAAAAAAAUCUCAACCGGCACAUUCGAGGGCAUAUGGGUAUACGGCCAUUUCAGUGUACUGUGUGCUUAAAGACUUUUACUGCUAAAAGCACGCUUCAGGACCACUUGAACAUACAUAGUGGGGAUCGUCCAUACAAAUGCCACUGUUGUGAUAUGGAUUUCAAACACAAAUCUGCCCUCAAAAAGCACUUAACCUCUGUUCAUGGCAGAAGCAGUGGUGAAAAACUAUCUAGGCCUGAUCUCAAAAGGCAAAAUCUACUAUAAUUGAAAUCAUGGACUUGCUAUUAAAACUUAUCCUCUUAGGCAAGUCUUUUUAUAGAAUUGCAGCAUUUGUAAUACUGUACCUCCCCUCUCCAUCUUUAGGUUUUAUGUUUGGUCUACCUACACAUAUUAAUCUUUCUGAAUUUCUAAUAGUUCCAAAGUUGCAGGAGGCAUAAUAAAGAUGAUGGGAUUCUGUCUCAUCUCAUAGAUUAUAUAUAAAGUCUCCGAGGUAUACUUACAGUAAUAGUGUCCUACUCCUAAAUAUUCUUGGUUCUAGUACCAGAGGAUCCAGUAUUUACAGAUUCUGAUUUGUAGUCUAGAUAAUUGAUUUAAGUGUUAAACCCAACAAUAUAAUGGCAGGAUGAGAAAGGAAUGGCAGGAAGAGAAAAUUUAGUUUAAAACACUAUUACCCAUUCCUGGUCACUUUAAGAACAGACAGAAUGAGCAAUUUUUCUUUUAAUUUAACCAGUGCUCUUGGAUUAGAAAUGAACACCAAAGUACUUGCAGUUUUAAACUGUAAAGGAACACAAUUCAGGUCCACUUGAGAACAGCAGAACUUCUUUAUAAUGUGUUGUUAUUCCUUUAAAUAUUUUCAUUUCUUUUGGUUAUCAAUAUUCAUAUCUUAGAAUAACUAGGCUUCUUAAUUAUAGGUGGAUUAAUAAUUUUGUGGUCAGUUAAAAUAUACCAUUAGCAUAGGCUAUGAAAAAUUGCUUCUCUUAGAAAUUCCAAAUUUAGCCAGGUGCAGCAACUCAAUGCCUGUAACCCCAGAUACUUGGGAGGUAGA